UAGUAUAACCAUGAAACAAAAACCACCUGCAGAUUUGGUAAACCAUUCUUUCUGGUGAGAAUGUUCGGUUAAAUUCCAAAUCAUCAGCAAAAUUAACAAACCUAAUUCAAUUUAGAUUUAAGGAAGACGCUGCUGAAAUGAAGAAGCAUAGUUCAGUAGCAAAGGCAUAUAUCAUGUCAAUCAAGAUUGUAAUUUUGUCAAUUUCCGUUGGUUGUAAUCUUGCGACAAUAUUGAGAGAGAGCUGCCAGUAUUAUGGAAACUUUAACAUCGUUUUACAAGACAUGGCAGUGACAGGCAAUGUGUUAAGAACAUUUUCCGGGAAAACUAAGCGGCAAUGCACACUCGAGUGUAUGUCAAGCCUUGAAUGUAAAUCACUGAACUUUAAAGAAGACGAUGGACAAUGUGAGUUGCUUGAUCGGAGUUUGACAUCAAGUAUGACAGCUAUCAGCAAAAGACUUGGCUGGGUGUACAUGACAACAGAUGAAAAAGCUUCUAAUGUUGGUCCACGGUGUGCAUUAUUGUCUCCUUGCCAAAAUGGUGGUAAAUGUGUGGAUACAUGCACGGAAGAUGGGUUCAAGUGCCAAUGCAAAGAAAUGUUUACAGGCAAAUAUUGCGAAAAUGAAAGAAGUUUUGCCAGUUGCCAAGCAGCCUACGAAGCGGGUUAUCGCAAGGAUGGUGUUUACUUGCUUUCAAACAUUGGACACCAUUAUUGUGUUCUGAAUGGGACAACGACUUGUAACGGCGUUGGAGGUUGGACACUAGUGUUAAAGACGGAUGGAAGACUGAACACAUUUCAAUACGAGUCAAGUCACUGGACAUCAAGCAGUGUCUACAACAACGUUUAUGCUUUGACAGAGGGUUUUCUUGGCGACCAGGAAGCGAAGUUUCCAGCAUUCAAUGCAUUGCCGGUUACUCACGUUUGUGUUGGGAUGAGGUUGGGAAGUGAGAAAAGCUAUAUUACGCUAGGUCAUACAUCAACUUCACUUUUGACACACUUUCAAGGCCCAUUUCAUGGUAAGUUACUGAACCAUAAAGACAUUACCAAAUGUCAUAAUGAUUGGCAUCUUAACGAAGCACUCUACUAAUCAAUGAGAGUUUAAAGAGUCUCCUUUUAUGUGACGGCUACGUUUGGUUCUUUUCUGGACGAAUAUAUCAUUGCCUUUGAAUGAAGUAAAUGAAUGUUUCUAGCCAGAAGAGUAACUAAAGUAACUUAAAAAGCCAGUAAAGUAACUACUAAAAUUACAGCAUAGUGUAGUGUGAAUAUUUAAAGUUUUUAAAGCAUUAAAGACCUACUUUGACGGUCUUUGAGAAAAAAAGUGACUUUGAAUACAUAUUAUGUAGAAUAAAUAGAAUUGCAUGAAUACGUAAUCAUUUUUGCAAUAUUUUUUAACUUUUAUUAUCAACAAUUGUUUUCAAUAGUGCUACAAAAAAACAAUACCUUCAUUCACUGCAAAGUGUUUCAGCAUCUUCUGAUUACCUCUUAAUGACUUUGAAUUCUGUUUUGGGUUAACAAAUGGGACCAAUAGAUAUAUUUGUGCUCAACAGUAGCGCUUAUUGCACUGGUGACCGAAGUGUGAUCCUUGACUAACUAUACAAUUGUCUUCUUUAAAAGCAACU